CUCUGAAGGACAAGUGACAGCUUCUCAUCGUAGACCUCAGUGUGAAAGAACGACUCCAAGCUCCACAGACACACAACAGUUUAUUACUAAGUAGUCAACCAGCUUGUGAUGGAAUCCCGGAAGACGGACGAGUGGGGAUCAGGGAUAUUUGACUUCUACCAGGACGUCCCUGGGUGCUGUUAUUCUUUCUGGUGCUGUCCCUGCUUCGCCGCCACCACCACCAAGACCUAUGGAGAGAGUCUCUUUCUCCCCCUGCUGGACAUGUUUGGCAUCAUCCCGCCCGUCAACAUGUCCAUGAGAGUCUCCCUGCGGCAGCGAUACGGAAUCAAAGAUAUCAUGUUCAAGGACUGCUUGUUCGCCACCUGCUGCAGCCCCUGCAGCUGGUGCCAGAUGUCCAGAGAGAUGAACAGGAGGAAAACAUAAUUAAUAUUAAUUGAUAAUCAAUUAACAUAUUGAUUAAAGCCCUUUGCUUCUU